UUUUUGUUUUGAUUAUCUAUCGAAAUGCCCCACGUCUAUAUUACUUGGCUCAACAAGGCUGUGCGUACGGAAGCCGUCAAGCGCAAGGUUGCUGCUGCCGUUUCGGCUGCCAUGGGAUCCGUCACCGCCGCUGACGUCGACCCCACCAAAGUCAGCGUCAAGUUCCAGUGGAAGGACGAGGAUCAACACGUCGACGGCUAUGGCUAUCGCUACGACGACUACACGCCCCGGUCUGGCGCCGUGAGCAAGGUCGCCAAGGUGGCCGCUGCUGCCAAGAAGGCUGCGCCCGCCAAGACCGCCGCUGUCCAGAAGGUGGAACUUGAUUCCAUUUCUGCCAGGAAGGCCAAGGGGGCCCUUGCUGCGAGCAGAGCCGCUGCUGACAAACAAGCGCCGACCCGCAAGGAAGUAAGAGCUUCGGAUGCUAAGGCUGCCAAGAAGGCCCCCGCUCCGGGCAAAAAGCCUGUUGCCACGCUCAAGAAGGCGGCUGCAAAGCCCAAGAAGGCGGCUGCCAAGACUGAGCAAGCUGCAAAGCCCAAGAAGGUGGCUGCCAAGACCAAGACCGCGCAAGCUGCAAAGCCCAAGAAGGCGGCUACCAAGACCAAGAAGAAUUAAAACGAGGCUUUUUUCUUUUUGUCUAUUGAAGCCCACAAUUUCUCUUGAAGGGUGUUGUGUGUCGGCUUUGCUGGUCGUGUGCUGAGCUUUCAAUGCACCUCUUGUUCCACCAGUUUCAUCGACCAUAAUACAAAUGUAACCGUCCC